CCGGUCUUGUAAGCGAGAGCGGGGAAACAAAAGGUGACGAAGGACGCAUGCGUUUGGUGGGUUCCGGAUGCUGGUGGGUCCUUCCGCUCAAACUAAGAGAAGCGCUUCCGGGUCGCCGCCGGCUGCCGCCUCCCGGGGCGAUGAGGAAACUGAGGCCCAGAGAGGUUAAGUGACUUGGCCACAAACAGUUAGUAGGUGGUGGACCCAGGACUCAAACCCAGUCUAGGAGCCAUGUCCACCUUGUUCCCUUCACUCUUCCCCCGUGUGACUGAGACACUGUGGUUUAAUCUGGAUCGGCCUUGUGUGGAGGAGACAGAGCUGCAGCAGCAGGAACAGCAGCAUCAGGCCUGGCUCCAAAGCAUCGCAGAGAAAGACAACAACCUGGUACCUAUUGGCAAGCCAGCCUCAGAGCACUAUGAUGAUGAGGAAGAGGAGGAUGAAGAUGAUGAUGAGGAUAGUGAAGAGGACUCAGAAGAUGAUGAAGACAUGCAGGACAUGGAUGAGAUGAACGACUAUAAUGAAUCACCUGAUGACGGAGAAGUCAAUGAGCCUCCUCUCCAGGUGGACAUGGAAGGCAACGAACAGGAUCAGGACCAGUGGAUGAUCUAGGUUGACAAGGCAGGGUGGCGAUUCCAGGCCAGCCCAACCUACCCUGCAUCCCCAGCCCUCAACCUCCCAGCCCAGAGAACCAGCUGACAGCCGCAGUGCCUGAAAGCUCAGCCAUGGGCACUUCCUCAGCUGUUGCCAGGACCUGAUCUUGACCCCUCCCAGACCAUCAGUCUGCCCUUGAAUCCCCAGAGCCUGAGUCCAUCCCACCUUCCUGGCCACCCCCUGGUUGACAGGUCUGGUAUCUUUCUAACCCUUGUUAAUAAAGAUACAGGACUGA